GUUUUUUUUAAAAAAAAAAAGAAAAAAAAAUUCUCAUUCAUAAAACCUCGUACAUAUUAUAGACAUAUAUUUAUUUUUCCAAACAAUCUUAAAAAACUAAAAAAUGAUAAUUAAGAAAACUUCAAUGGAUAAUAAAUAACAAAAAAAUACUGUCAUUUAUUUUUUUUGGGGUUUGUAUAAUAUCUUUUUGGCGCUAAUUAAUUGGUCGAACCAAAUCUUGCCAGACGGAAUGGAGAAGACAGAUUUUUAGGUUUGGAUGCAUUGAUAACCUUUUUUGACUUUUUGAUGAUUUGAUUGCCGCAACCAAACACUAUCCUACGAAGUGCUUUCAUGUUCUAAGCACCAUUUUCACAAAUGUAUAAAAUGUGGGCAGUCCUGUAACUGUGGUUUAUAAAGCUUUUCUUAUCUCAAAACAACAAAGGGCUCUCAUUCAUCGAAAAAGAGAAAAAAAGAUUGUCCGAAAAUGGCAAGGAAAACUUACCUUGUUCGACUGCUUAUGUUGCCGAUUCUUCUUCUCUGCGUUUCUCGCAACCUCGUUUGCUUGAACGCCAUUCCAGUCACAAGACUAAGAAGUCUAGAGCAUAAUCUUCAUGGCGGUUUUCAAUUCACAGAAGAGAUCACCAAAGUGACCAAGGAAAGUGUAGAAAUUUUCAGGCGGCCGGAGAGGAUGGAUCUUGAGCUAAAUGAUUAUCCAGGCUCUGGGGCUAACAACCGCCACACUCCGAGGGCACAACUCGCUAAAGUUUGCUCAUCUGAAAAUUGCUAGAUAGAUAUGCGCCGCCGCACAUCGACUGAUUUGUGUUUCGCAAAGUUCUCCACUUUUCAAUCUUCUUUAUUUAUAUACAGAAGUCCGUUAUCUAAAUCAUGACACUUGAGGUCGAGUUAUAUACAUAUAUAUAUAUAUAGAUAUGUUAAGAAUAUUGUAAUCAAAUAUAUAGUCGCACAUCGCACAUGAAGAGAUGUAAUUAGGAAUGUUUUAAGUAAAAAUAUGUAGAUUGCGAGGAAGUAUCUAUCAGGCCAUAAGAAUCUAGCGGCUUGUGCAUUUUUGAGUUUGUGUUGACUUAUGACCAAGUAGUUUUUAAUUGGAUGUUCGUUAUUUGUUCACUAAUCACUACUACUUUUGCUCGAGAUUUCAUUUUCUUUUGUUAUCUACCUUUUAUUGUUUGUGUUUCGUUUUGAUUUGAACCAGUAAUUUCUUGAUUACAAUUCUCUGUUCUUGUCACUAAAUUUAAUUCCCAGUCGACCGUCGCCUCAUUGAUUAUCUUUCGAUUUAAUGAAUAUACUUGUCUAGGGAGUUUGUAGGCGUUCCACUAAAGCAUUUCAUCCUUGAGACUUGAG